ACGCCCUAAUGGUUCAUCUCAUUUCUCAAGCGCCGAGCCCAAAAUCGUGUCUCCCUCUCUCGAAAGUCUCUGAGUCUCGACUUCUCAGUUCUCUGUCACUCUCUGUGUCUCUAAACUCGACUCGCUGUUACUGGCUUCUCCACGCUCUGUCUCUCUCUCGCUCAAGAACAAGUUUUAAUAGGACUAUCCACCACCACCUAGCAUCCACCACACAAGUGAAAUAUGUAUACUGAUGAAGAAUAUGACAUUGCCCAGAGGGAAUACUGGCAACAAGUGUCAAAAUCGGAAGGUUUCGAUAUUGAAGAUGUUUCAAUACCAUCGUCUAUGGCCGGAAUGAUCUCUGGACUGAUACCCUAUGACUGUCAACGUGAUAGGGGUGGUUGUCCUUAUAGAACGUUGGUCAACCUUUAUGCUCAGUUGGGGCUUCGUCAGUACUCUCUUCUAAAGGGGAAUACAUUCGAGUUUGUUUCCAUGGUGAAAGUCAACAUGUUGCAGAACCUUGUCUCCUCUUUCUACGUAACUUUGCUCGUACGUGAUCCUAUCACAUUGGAGGAGAAAGAAUUCCAGGUUCGAACUGAUGAAAGAAGUUGUGUCAGCUUGUAUUUGGCGUGCUCUGUUGCUAGAUUUAAAGAUGAAGUCACGAUCAAGAGGCCCUUCGUACCUCACUUUCAUGAUGGGGCGGAGGUUCCUGUACUGCCUGAUUGGCCGUCAGAAACUUUGGCGGCACAGUUUCAUCCUGGGAUGUUUGAUACUAAUGCGAGGCGUGGUUUGCCGUCAGAUACUUCUGCGAGGCCUGGUUGGCCGUCGGAUUCUUUGCUGGAACAGUUUUUUUAUCUACUGCCUUUUGGUUGUAUGCUGCCAACGGAAUUUGAGAGAGAGUGUGUUCUGGAAGAAUCACGUUGUCGCUCCUCUGAUUUUGAUUGGACUUAUUUGUAUUUGAAACUUGUAGUUUGUGCACAUGACAGGUGGAUCUCAGAGGAAGUUCUUUCCAAGGUGGAGAUUAUAUAUGCAGUUGUGAUCCCGCUGGAUAAUAAUCUUUAUUAUCCGUGUACUGCCCAAAAUCUCAAUUUAUUCAUAGUGUACAAGGGCUUGGACACGGCUGAAAUGGGCGAAGAUGUUGAACGCAGAGCUGUAGUCUCACAAGUCGUCAAUUGUAGUGGAUACUUGAGUCUCCGUGGUAAGCUUCUAUAAGUCUAGAGAAACGUUGUUUCGUUAAGACAAGUCUUAUUAGUAUGUAUUAAAUUUGCAAAGCCAAAGCGUUCAUCAUGGCUUUUUAAGGAUGAAAACCUCGAAUACUAAUCAAACACCACUUUCUUUA